UGAAGUAGCAGCCGAUGUCUGGGGUUGCAGCAAUCUUGCGCCGUUCGUCUGUAGCAGCUGCGGGUGAGAAUCUCAUGGAGCUGUACGUCGGGACUUCUAUAUCCUCAGCUUCAUCGAGGGGGUUCAGCAGCUUUGCAAAGCGUCCGGCGAAGCUGGGCACUUCAGUUCUUGGCCACACCAAGGCAGUGGAUCGGUUCUCUCGAGUCUCUCCAGUGCCCCUCUCCGCUCACAUGGGGACUAAAUGGAUGAUUACUUCAAACAGUAGUUCUAAUGCAUUGCCAGGACCUUUAGCUGCUUCCAGCAUUUGCCGGGCUUACUCGUCAGACGCCGGAAUUAAGCCAGAAGUUCCGGUUCCUCCUACUGAAAGCGCAGAGGCUGUCACUACAGGGGCUGGUACUUGGAUGGACCUCCUUGAAAAUGCUCGCAACUCCACUAUAGAUGCUACGACUGAUGCAGGCAGGAAAGUGAAGGAGAUGACUGAUGCAGUUACACCCCAUGUACAGCAGUUCUUUGAGGCACAUCCAGAUCUGGAAAAGGUAGUUGUCCCACUUGGAGGAACAUUAUUUGGUACAGUCAUGGCAUGGUUUGUCAUGCCUGUCAUCUUGAAGAGGCUUCAUCAGUAUGGAUCACAGAAUCCUAUAUCAGCACUUUUGGGGAACUCAACCAAGACUGAUGCUUCGUAUCCCACCAGCCUUUGGAGUGCAUUGGAGGAUCCUGCAAAAUACUUUAUCACAUUUAUGGCAUUUUCAGAGAUGGCUGCAGUGAUGGCACCAAGCGUAACACCUUAUUUUCCACAAGCAUUGAGGGGUGCAUUUGUUCUCUCUACUGUCUGGUUCCUUCAUAGGUGGAAAGCAAACUUUAUCACCAAAGCUAUGACCAACCAAACUGCCUUAGUUACUGACAGAGCCAGGUUAUCAGCAUUUAACACAGUGUCGUCAAUUGGACUGAUUGCACUUGGAGUAAUGGGUCUUGCUGAGGCUUGUGGUGUAGCUGUUCAAUCAAUAUUAACUGUUGGUGGUGUGGGAGGUGUUGCUACGGCUUUUGCUGCUAGAGAUGUCAUGGGUAACGUGCUGAAUGGGUUCUCCCUACAAUUGUCUCAGCCAUUCUCAGUUGGAGAAUACAUAAAGGCUGGGUCAAUAGAAGGUACGGUGGUUGAAAUAGGACUCACUUCUACAUCAUUGAUCAGUCCAGAAAAGCAACCCUUCACAGUACCCAACUCUCUCUUCUCCAGUCAGAUUAUAGUGAACAGGUCACGUGCUAAAUCGCGAGUUAGUGUUACCAGGAUUCCUAUAAGACUUGAGGACAUUCAGAAGGUUCCUGCAUUUUCAGAGGAGAUAAGGGCUAUGUUAAGAUCCAACCCAAAUGUUAUCUUGGAAACAGAUGCUCCUUACUGCUAUCUCUCAAAAUUGGAAGAUUCAUAUGGAGAGCUCGUCAUAGGGUGCAUCCUCCAAAAAAUGAAAAAGGACGAGUUACUAUAUGCAGAACAAGACAUUCUUUUGGGAGCUGCAAAGAUUAUCAAGUCACAUGGCGUUGAAUUUGGGCGCAUCACCACACAGUGAUGUUGAUUCUGAUGUUUCUCAAACUCAAGUAGGGUGAAUCUCGUUAGUCUGCAGGGAGUACAUACGUGGUGGGUAGGAAAUUUUGCUUGGUGUGCGAAGGCAAGGACCUCAGUCUUUCAUGUCUUCAAACCGUCGACUGCAUAUACGAAUGUUUCAUUUGGAACAAAGGUCAAGUUUCCACUUUUGUUGCCGGAGAAUAUCACUGUCAACCUGUUAAAACUUUUUCGCUAUGUUUGCUGAUACUGGUUAGCGGGUAGGUUACCCUGUUUCGUUUAGUGUUAGCUGUGGUAACUUGAUGGGUGUCUGACUCUCGUAGCUUACCAUCAUGAUCCACCUGAAGUCUUGCCCGGUUUACCCACCGCAUCAGGGACCAGCGUUUUCCCAUAUGUGGCCUUGGAACUCUAAAUGCUGGAACAUGUUGAUGCGUGUAAUUGUUGUUUGGACGCAUAAAUAGACGUGAUGGCAGCUUUGUCCUGAA